CAAAGGCACCUCAUUUGCACUCCACGUCUGACUGAUUGAUCCCAAGUGAACCUGUGAGAGAGAUGUCGAUAUUGAUACUGAUACCAAUGUCUUUUUUUAUUGAGUGGUUGCCUUUAUUUUUUCAUAAUGAGGAUCGGUACUAAUUUCUUAGGCAAACAACAAAAAAUGGUGACAAAGUUAAUCAGCAAUUAUCUGCAAAAUAAUAAAUAAUGUAAUUAUUACCUUUUAUUACAUACAUUUUCUUCAGCAAAAUGAAGUCAAUAGUGGGGGAAAACGAUUUGGCAAGAUCAUCAGUGACACCCACACAUUCCUCACAGCUGAAAGGCAAAAUGGUGCUAGGGCGACCCCUUGUGGUUCCAUACCGUUACUAGUAGCUACAUUGGAAUUUUUCCCCUGUUUGUGGUCCGAGUUUCUUCUCCAGGGAUUACAACAAACAUGUACAUCACUGGGUCUAGUUAGGUGUAGUAUAUUGAGCCACCCCAUAAUCACAGGUGAAUUUUUUUUUCACUGUAGAAAUUUGGCCACAAUGGCAGAGUGGUUAGCAUGUAGGCCACACAGUCAGGAGAUGGGGAAGACCUGGGUUGGAAUCUCCACCUGGGCAUCUCUGUGUGGAGUUUGCAUGUUCUCCCCAUGCAUGCGUGGGUUUUCUCCGGGUACUCCGGUUUCCUCUCACAUUCCAAAAACAUGCUAGGUUAAUUGGCGACUCCAAAUUGUCAUAGGUAUGAAUGUGAGUGUGAAUGGUUGUUUGUCUAUAUGUGCCCUGUGAUUGGCCGGCCACCAGUCCAGGGUGACUUUUUGAACUGAACUUGCCCAUUGUGCAUUUUAAUGUUGUGAUUUGAUAACUUAUUUGCCAUGUUUCUUCCAAAUAAACCAAGAUAUCCUAUUGACAACAAAUACAUUGAUUGAUUUUCCUUGCAUUCCUAAACACACACGUACGUCGAUCUAAUUCAUUCAUGCAGGAAAAGUGCAGGAACGCGUUUUGCACUGACCAGAUUGUUUCCUGUUGUGUCAAGGACACUUUCCUCUAAGAGGAUUUCUAAUAUAAAACAUAGGAAGGUUAGGGAGAGCCAGACGUUUAAUCCUUGAGCUGUGGGAAGAAUGAUGCUGAGCUAUUUUGUGCUGGGAUUUGUCCCAAUCGGAGAACAAUUUAUGUGUUGUGCAAUGGCAAGUGAUAUUUGAUGGAUCUACUCGUGAGAGCUCUGCAUUAUCAGGGAACAAAGAUGCUGUGCAAACUUCUGCUGUACACUGCUUUUGCAGAAAAUUUGAUCUCACGUGAGUUGUUGGGUGCAACAGCCACUAAAACAAAAACACACGUGACCAACAACUCAGGUGUGACACCAGCUGGGCAGUGCGGGGCUUGGGUGAAGGAACCCGAUGGAGGCUAUUUCACCUCACCCAACUACCCUGACAGAUACCCACCUGAGAGGGAAUGCAUUUACAUAAUAGAAGCGUCUCCUCGCCAGUGCAUUGACUUGUUUUUUGAUGAAAAGUAUUCCAUUGAGCCGUCCUGGGAGUGCAAGUUUGACCACAUCGAGGUCCGUGAUGGGCCCUUUGGUUUCUCGCCCAUCAUUGGACGCUACUGUGGCCAGGAGAGCCCCAUGUAUGUCCGCUCCAGUGGGAGGUACCUGUACAUCAAGUUUGUGGCUGAUGGAGAGCUGGAGGCCAUCGGCUUCUCAGCCCGCUACAACUUCACACAAGAUCCUGAGUUCAAAGGUCUGGGAGAACUGCCAGCAUUACCAUUUUGUGAGUUUGAGCUGAGUGGUCCAGAAGGCUACGUGGAAUCUACUCAGAUCACCAGGGAGAAGCGGGCACUGCAGACGGAGGCUGUGGACUGCAGGUGGUAUGUUCGAGCCCCGCCAAAAGCCAAGAUCUACAUGCGCUUUCUGGAGUAUGAGAUGCACAACUCAAACGAGUGCAAGCGGAACUUUGUUGCCAUUUAUGAUGGCAGCAGUUCGGUUGAGCAUCUGAAGAAUAAGUUCUGCUCCACUGUUGCCAACGACGUCAUGCUGACAUCAUCACUGGGUGUGGUCAGGCUGUGGGCGGAUGAAGGAAGCAGGAAAAGCAAAUUCAAGAUCCUCUUCACCACCUUCCUUGAUCCUCCAUGUGAAGGAGGUACUUUCUUCUGCCAUAGCAACAUGUGCAUCAACCACACCUUGGUCUGCAACGGCAUCCAAAACUGUGUGUAUCCAUGGGACGAGAAUCACUGCAAAGAGAAAAGGAAACCCAGCAUUUUGGACUCUCUGGACAACACCAACCUCACAAUCAUUGGUGUGACGUGCGGCCUGGUGGUCAUUCUGCUCGUCAUCUCUGUCAUCAUCCAGGUCAAACAGCCUCGCAAGAAAUACAUCAUUCGCAGAGAUGACUUUGACCCUGCCCUCCUCCACCCAGAGUUUGAGCCUCCCCACUAUGAGCUCUGCACGUUACGACACGUCCCAUCGGGUGACCUAACUGAUGCGGCCGUGGCCGAGGAGUUUGAAAAGUCCCACAAGCUGCACCGGUCCUCCUCCAAAUGCAUUCGCGACCACCACUGCGGAUCCCAGCAGGGAAGCAUGCAUGGCAGCGUCCACGGUAGUCGCAGCAACCUUAGCACGAGAGAGGCCACCACGGAUCCUGAUGGCGGGGCACUUGUACCGCCGCUUCCUGCAGGGAUGGUGAACCAGCAGUCACCACGGCUCUCCCACCACACCACCCCAGCCAGGAACAUCCUGGUGAUGAAGCAUAGCUAUUCUCAGGAUGGGGGAGAUGGCUACAGAGGAGAGGAUGAUGAUUUAAUGAUAGAUGAUGGCCCGACCACCAGCAGGCACCACAUUUAUCAUCAUCAGAUGCAUCAUGACAUGACGGCUUUGGACCACGCUGUCCACCGUACCUUGUCUAAUGACUUCUGAUGUGACACAGUCACCAUGUAAAGUGGCAGAGAAUGGAAGGAAGGUACCAUUGUGACUGGAUGUGAUGGUUGUGGAAAAACUAAGUCGGAAUUAUGAAUUACCAGAAGACAAAACCCUGACUUUGAAAGUAUUAUUGCAGGGACGCAUUGUGGGGAAAGCAUUGAAAUCAUACAUGAAAGAAAGUUUAUCAAUUAAUUUGCAUUUGACAGGAUUUAUUUGUGUUGGUUAUGAAAUGGUUAUUUCACACAUUUAUUUCCUUGAUUUCAUGUUUGUAAACAAAUGUUGAUAUUGUGUCUCUGAAAAAAAUCUACCAUCAAAAUAAUGUACUGGUCAUGUUUUUGUAAGUUUACAAUAAUUGUUUAAACCAAAUUAAGCUAUUUUCAAACAAGUUUUAGAAAAUAGCUCAUUUUAACCUCAAAUUUCAGUGUACUUUGUGUCACAUCCACUCACAGAUAAAGUAUUCUGUACCUUUUAAUUCUUUUGGAAGUAUUCGUUAUUAUUUGAAUUUGUGUGGAAGCUCUCCCGAUGUUCCGUGUGUCAAAUUUAUUUUAACCGCACAUUCUCGACUACUAUUCUCGAUGUACUUUUUUGAA